AUGGCCUUACUCUUCAAUGAUGAUAAUAGUCGUUCAUCGUUUCCAAUGUAUUUUGGUCGUCAAACGAAAUUUGGUGAUGCUGCUUCUACACCAUUGAAAUUGAUUAAAUUGCAUAUUGAACAACAAGUGAAUGCCACAUUUCCACUCAUACAUCAAGUAGCAACAACAAUGACAUUUAGAAAUGAUCAUAAUAGAGUAUUAGAAGGAGCUUUGGAAUUUACACUACCCGAAAAAGCAACAAUUUGUGGAUUCGGUGAGUUAAGUCUUGAUGUUGAUGGUGUUAUUGUUGAUGGUGUUGUUGUUGAAAAAGAAAAAGCUCGUAUUACAUUUGAAAAAGAAGUUCGAAAAGGCGUCGACCCUGGAUUAGUCGAAAUGGUUCAAGGAAAUUUAUUUCGUACAAGAGUUUAUCCAAUACAAGCUGGAGGUACACGAAUAGUACGUGUCAUUUAUCAAGAUCAAGCAAAAGUUGAAAAUGAUCAUUUUCUAUUCAAUAUUCCAAUCUACUUUACUACUACUCUAGACAGUUUAGAUAUUUCAUUAAUUUGUGCACACACAUCAAAUCAUUCUCAACCACAAUUUCUUUCAAAUGUUAAAUUUCAACAGCCUUUUAUCAAUUCCCAUGGAAAAUAUUGUUCUGAACUUCAUCUAGUCAAUGUUAAACCAUUGGAAGGUGAACAGUCCAUUACAUACAUGUUAAAAAAUUUAGCACCAGAACAAGCCAUUUACAGUGUAGAAAUUGAUUCCGAUGAUCGUAAUCAAGCCUAUUUUGCUCUAUGCUAUGUGCCACCAUUCCAACAAUACAAUACAAUGAUAGAUAAUAAUGAAAAAGCAAUGUCCAUUUGUUUACUAUGGGAUGCAAGUUUAAGUCGAGCCAAUGUCGAAAAUCGUAAUCAUGAAAUAAAUAUUCUCAAGAAUAUAUUAAACAUUUGGCAAUCCAAUGGUAUCAAUAUAAAUAUAACUGUAAUUGUAUUUCGAAAUAUACUCGAAGAACCGAACACAUUUCAACUACAUGAUAAAAAUUGUUGGUCAAAACUUAGUCAAUUUUUAACCGAUCUAUCAUAUGACGGUGCAACAAAUCUAUUUCAACUAGCUACAAUUUCAACGAUUAUUCCAAAUAUAACACAUUAUUUUCUAUUUAGUGAUUGUCUUUCGACUAUUGGUAAUGAUGAUCCGACACAGUUGAAUCAAUUAACGACAAAACCACUUUGGAUAUUUAAUGCUAAUGCGGCACAUGAACCAACAAAUUUUUCAUUGAUUAAUUAUUUAACUAAUGUCAGCGGUGGCGGUUAUAUUUCGCGUGACAAAAUCUUUGGUCAAAAUAGUGCAAACUAUAUCGUUCAAUGGAUUGAUAAGCCACAAGCGCGAUAUAUAAGUAUGGAUAUUAUCUCUAAUGCAAAUGUUCAUGAUAUUUAUCCUAAUCAUUCAAUUGUGUUAGUACCAAAUGCAGAAAGAUUUAUACUCGUUGGAAAAAUGUCAUCAACAGCUUCAGCUAAAAUUGCUAUCAAUUUUUCUAUCUCAAAUCAAAUACAUCGUAAAGAAUUGAUAAUAAAUAGUGCAGAUUCAACAUCUGAAAACUAUGGAUUAUUACGUCGUUUAUAUGCGAAACAAAUGUUAACUGAAUUAACUGCAUUUCCAGAAAAAAAUAAAAAGCGUAUUUUAGAUAUUGGUAUGGAAUAUUCGAUUGUGAAUGAUUUUACAUCCAUACUUGUUCUAGAAACAUUACAACAACAUAUUGAGCAUAAUAUAUGUCCACAUUCAUCACGUACAACAUUAUACAAUGAUUAUAUGAAGUAUCAACAGAAUAAAAACCAAGAAGAAUCUACGAAAAGCCAAGCAAAAAUGACAGCUGUCUUAAAUUUAUGGCGAACACGUUGCACAUGGUAUGAUAAAACGAUAACCGACAAAGACCGUAGCAAUGCAUUCAAAAAGAAAACUUCUAGUCGACAUGAUACGGAAGAACGUAGUAUACGACGACAAAUGCAAGCAUAUUCAAACUCUGCUAGGAGGUCCAUACCUUAUGAAACAAGGCGACAUGCAAUGGAUGAUUCAAUAGAAGAUGAAUCGUUGGAACACAUGAGUUUUCGAUAUAGUCUUGCAUCAAGUGUAGAACGAAGGUUGGAAUCACGCUCGGCUCGAUCUAGAAACUAUGAAGAAAUGUCUUUGGAUGAUGAAGAUAUGAACGAACAUAAUUUCGAUGAGUACUCUCGUGUUAGUCAAUCAAGAUCAUACAAUCAAGUCCAACAUUACCGCAAUGAUAUGUCUACUACGAGUGAUCGUAAUAAUACUACUACUAGCACUCAUACAAUUACUCUUCAAAACUGGGAUCCAAAAACACCAUACAUGGAAAAAAUUAAAUCAAGUAGUAACUUACAAACAGCUUAUCAAAUUUAUUUAAAUGAACGUCAAUCAUAUUCUAAAUCACCUUCAUUUUAUUUUGAUAUAGCAUCCUAUUUUUUCUCACAAACUAGUUCUUUAAUACCACAAUCAUCAUUAAUUGAUAAAUUUAAUCAACAUCAUUCAAUUUCAAUUUUUGGCAUUCAAUUAUUUUCAAAAAAAACUGAUAGCAACAGUAAUGAUAGUAGUUCCAAUGCAAACCAAUCUAAAAUUUUGGGUUUACGUAUUUUAACAAACGUAUUAGAACUAGAAUCGGAAUCGCCGCAAUUAUUACGAACUGUUGCUUAUAAACUUGUUGAACUUGGUCUUUUCAAUUUAGCUGAGAAUAUUUUUCGACAUACCGCCAAUUUGAGAUCGGAUGAACCACAAUCAUAUCGAGAUCUAGCAUUAUUAUUGCAAGAAUCUCAUAUUCAAAAUAAGAACAUUACAGAAAUAUCAGAUC